AGAGAUUAGUUUGAAGGUUGCCGUAUCUCCGAAGGUUCCAUUCUGUAUUGAGAGCUCACGGUGCUACGUAAGCGUUUAUGCGUCUGCCAACGGGGCGGCAUUGAGCAGAGGGAUCUAGUUAAGUUAUUCCCACUGAGCGAAAAGGAAUGCUGCUGCUGCUGCUACGGACUUUACGCAUGGCAUUUCUCCGUGACUUUGCGUGCCCCACGGGAACCACUCGCGGGCCAAAGGCAGGCAACCCAUGGCCGGUCUCGGCCCUCGUGCGGCCGUAGCCUGCACCGUUCCGGCAGCUGCGCUUGUGCUCCUCAUCUCCCUGUUCCUCUUUAGAAGAAGGCUGAGGCACAAUCAACAGCACCCUCCCCAACUCGCAAGCGUCGACGAGCCUUUACUGGAGCCGGAAGCAUCCACGGACACGCAGUCUCAAAGGCCAGACCAGGAUACGCCGCUCUCUGUUUGCGAUUCCGAUAUCAUGGCCCUGAAGGCCUCCACGGAUUUCGUGGAAGAUGAGGCCCCCUCUCCCGAGCUGCUCAGGAACGAGGACGACGACGUUCCGAGCAGGGAAGGGUCGGUGGAUUCCGCCCUGUGCGAGAGUCUGGUCAGCUCGAGCGCGGCGGAGUCUCCGAAAUUUGUAGAUAAACAAAACGAACAAAGGGAGGAAGAGGACAGAGUGGCCAAAGACAUGUCGACCCUCUGCUUAGAUGCGGAUGAAGAAGACGACGGAGUCGAGACGGAUGCGAGGAUGCCAGCCAAGACGGAGUCAUGCGCGGAGGAUAGCAAACAAGAAGUGAUACAGGAAGAGGAGGAGGAGGUGGUGGCGAUAGUGUCCCCUGUGGGUGACAGUGAUAGUGGGACCUGUGUGGAUAGCAGUGCACAAGAGAAAGCUGUGUCAGCAGUUACUUGUGACGGGGACAAUGUUGCCAGCUCAGAAGGAAGAGCAGCAGACGACAGCACGGGUGAUGCGAGCCUAUCUCUACAGACGGCCUUCUCUGAUGCGCACAGUGAGGGCUCGAGUGACAGUGGCAAGGGGAGCAGCGACAUUCACGUUGGGUCGGACUCUACCCCCACUAUUCCAGAGGAUCUCCCCACGGUGUACGAGUUUGAGCUUCCUCAAGAUCUUUGUGGCCGCCUCAUUGGACGAGGAGGGCGCAAUGUUGCUGCCAUCAAGGAUCAGUCCAAUGCCAACGUGUUUGUUCGACGACACCCUUUCAAUCCAAAGCUCAAGCUGUGUGCUGUUGAAGGUACCCAGGGUGAAGUGAAAAUGGCUCUUGAAAUGAUAAGAAAAAAGUUCCCACUCAACACAUAUCCAAGCGUCACACUGGCACAAAUCAACUUGCUACCGUACAUGGAAGUUCCCCUCCCGGAAACGUUACAGCUGAACCUGCCAGAAGGCGUCACAUGCGACGUGGUACUUACGAGCAUGGUGACGGCCGGCCAUUUCUUCCUGCAGCAGCCGACGCACCCUACAUAUCCAUCACUGGCGCGACUGGACCAGUGCAUGUUGGCUUGCUACUCUCAGGUCAACACGCCGCCACUGCCACAACCCGCUGAAGCAGGCAUCAUCUGCGCGGCUCAGGUGAUGGGCGGAUGGUUCAGAGCACUAGUCGUCGGCGUCUCGGAGGAUGGCGAGGAAUGCGAUGUGAAGUUUGUUGACUACGGGGGCUAUUUGCACUUAUCCACUUCAUACCUCAGGCAGAUCAGGAGUGACUUCAUGACCCUGCCCUUCCAGGCAUCCGAAUGCUACCUUGCAAACGUGCAGCCUGUAGAAGGUAACACUUGGUCGGUGGAAGCGUGCGCCAUGUUUGAGGACUUGGCCCAAGGUCAAAUCCUUCAGUCACUCAUCGUGGGCUACGCCGAGAACGGCAUUCCCUACGUGCACUUGUACAGGAUUCAAGGCGUUUCGAAUGUCUUCAUCAACCGAGAGCUGGUGAACCGCAGAGCUGCAAGAUGGGUCGAGCUGACGCACUGAUCCGUCGGAAGAGCACGAUGUUUGGUUUUAUGUGGAUGCAGCAGUCGUCGAACCGCCAAGACAAUGUCAACACUAUCCUCCCUGGGCCCCACCUCACAAGAAAGAAAGAAAAAAAAAAAGAACGGCAUGCCAGGUUCCAUGUACAGGAGAAGACAACUCCCGCAUGAGGGAUCGGGGGGAAAGAGCUCAGGAAGCAGGUAGUGAUCUUAAAGCUUGAAAGUCUCUGUGUAGAUUGAACUGGCAGCAGAGUUUGGUUUGCACACCUACCAAGCGAAGAGGUCAGUUAUUUUGUUCACUCGGUGCCACUACAUCAGACGCCAGAUUUUUUUUCAGUCAGUUGUUCAUAUCUCUGGUGCUAUGCAGGAAAGACUUGAAGCAGCUCUGUUGGAAUAUUUUUUUUUUAAUAUACUUCUUUUUGGGAUGUCCUCCGAGGGUUGUGUGCGCUGAAGCUGCGUGUGUUCACAGGAACAAAGUCAUAUCAGUUUACUGAGUUAAGUUUUACAGAAAUUCGGUGAGGAAAAUCUGUGGUUCUUUCGCUCACCAAGAGUAAGCGGUUUUCUGUGAUAUUUUAAAGAGACACGCUGAAAAUUUCUGGGAAACAAAAUUCUCAUUUUUUCUGCAUUCAGUGAACACCACACCCUGUUUAUUUUUUAUUUUUGGCUGCUAAAACUCAAGUUUGUUGUAAUAAAGUGCCAGGUACAUUGGGGAAAGGGAUUCAGGCAGCCACAGACAUUGAGCAGUUUAACAUGAAACUGCAGGGAAUAAACGCGAGCAAUUUCAAGCUUUCAGUGUACAAUUGUUUUCGCCAACCACAUUAAAGAAACUACCAACGUACAGAUAUCAGUAGUUUUUGGUCAGUGCAAAGUGAUUAGAGAACCUCGUAACUACAUACGAAGACUGUCGGAUCAGGCACUGUCAGUUUGUAGUGGAGGGUGUGUACACUGGAGUGGUUCUUGUUUUGGUUCCACAGCAGCACCAUAUUCCCAUCACAUGUGUCUGGCAGUGACUUUUAUUGCUCGUCCAUCGUACAUGUGUGCACACUUUUCCUAGAAACAGAUACUGCUUUGUAUGAGGGGUUUCAUUUUUGUUGUCUGUAUCAGUAUACCAACACCUAGCCUACACCAGCUUGCUUGUGUUGUUUCCUUGUUCUACAUUAAAUUUGCACAUUCAUUUAAGACCACUCAGAAACGUGGCAGCGAUCACAGAGUGCUUGUCCGCACGUUCGUAAGAGUAGGGGUUCUUCUUCACCCGUUGUAACUGUUGUAGUGUAGUAAUUUGGAUUUCAUAUUAUUGGUCCUAACGUCAGCUUAUUACCGUUUUUCCAUGUGAUACUCAAAGUGUACCGAAUAAUGCUGUCUGAAUUUACUGUGGCCUGCUUUCGCAAGUUGUAUUGUAAUUGGAAACAAGUGCACGCAAACGAUCAUGGGUGGGAAACAAACUUCAGCGCACACAACUCGAGAGGUUUCCCUUCACAGGUCACUAGACAGUUCGUGUACAAGUGGUUUUGCUGUAAAUACUACGUUUGUUUUCUUCUUUGCAUUAGUGAUACUAGAAUUGUUAGCACUUUUGCUUUCGAGUAGUAAACGUUUGCCGCAGCUUUAGAUCUUGCCUGAAAAGGCGUAUCAGCACGUUGGAUGCUGCUGUUGUGUACAUAAAUAGGGUGUGCAAAGUUGUUAACGAAAAGAAAAAAAAAAACUCUUUAUGGGGUGUUCAGUGUCGCUCAACAACAGUGCUGUCCUGUUGCUGUCCCAGUAUUUUCUUAAGCUCACCCCUGUACAAGAUGUAAAGGUAUGCAAAAGAUAAGCUUCCUUUCUGUUUUUUGCAUUCUCAUGGAAUGCCUAGGGUUUCUGCAAAGCCAUUACGCGCCUUCUUGUGGAAUACGUGUAUGGGAGUACAUGGUUAUUUAAAUGUGUUCUGACUGUGAGGAAUAAAGUAUUUUUCUCAUU